AGUAGGUACCUACCUACCUAUCCCAUGCCUACGUAGGUAGUAGUAGGUAGUCUUUGAAGUUCGACCAUAUUCGAUGGUUGUCUCUGAAGAAAGACCCGUGGUCUUACAUCAGCCUCUACCUGCAAGACUGUUCGAAGAUGAGGUAAAUCUGAAAACCUCGCGAUUCUGUUUGCCAUCUAUUACUGGCGUCCAACUGGUCUGUUUCCCGUUGCGCACCGAGCAAACAGUACAUGUAGGUAGGUGUUAGGUAGGCUAGGCAUUCCAUACCUAGGUAUCUUAGAGUACCCCGCCAUUCACCUACCACCUAGCCUUACCCAAGUAGCUCUAACUUAGGAGCGAGGAGCCUCAAGUUAGAUGCCGAAUAGACCCUUCAAUCGCGACUGCAACUAAAACACGAGCCCCUACCCGUUACCGCUGUUGAUUUUUUGAUCGCAUUCACCAUGACACAAGACCCUAGCGACCACUCUACGUCGACUGCUUCCCAAAUUACCAAUUCGGUCCCCAACGGUUACCCCACCAAGACAGACCCAGCCAGUUCGCCUCCCCGCUCAUUAUACGACGUAUGUCUUGAAAUUAGCAAGAGGGUUGACAGCCUUUUGGCUGAGAACCCUAAGACAGAUGUACUCCGGAGUCUACAAACGCGAGUGCGCGAGGCUAUUGGGGUGGUGGAUGAAGCUUUCCAACGCUAUGGGCUUCCAGAAAUAUCUAUAUCGUAUAAUGGUGGGAAAGAUUGUCUCGUACUCCUUAUCCUAAUUCUUGCAUGUCUUGCGCGUCGAUACCCCCCACCCAACAAAGAUCAAUCCUGCGAAGCUCCAAAUGGAUCGUCGGACCCCGUGCCUUUCCCUGAGAAAUUCCAAGCUGUAUAUAUUGUAUCCCCACAUCCAUUUUCCGAAAUAGACGAGUUUGUGGCUUCGUCCUCCGCCGAAUAUCAAUUAGACGUCAUGCGCUAUGAAUUGAAAAUGAAAGAUGGACUGGAGGCAUAUCUGGCAGACCGCCCAGCUGUCAAGGCCAUUUUCGUGGGCACACGAAGAACAGAUCCUCACGGCGAGAGGUUGACACAUUUCGACCCUACGGACGGAGGUUGGCCUGAUUUCAUGCGGAUACACCCUGUCAUUGAUUGGCAUUAUGCCGAUAUUUGGGCGUUCAUCCGACACUUGGAAAUUCCAUAUUGCCCAUUGUAUGACCAGGUGAGUUCGACCUUCUAGAACAAGAAGCCUUCGCGGGUGAAAUAGAGUAAGAGGUUAACAUGAUACACAAAAGGGCUAUACAAGUUUAGGUGGCACCAAAGAUACCCAACCAAACCCCAAAUUAAAGAAGACGGAUGAGAAGGACGGCGGUUUUCUGCCGGCCUAUGAAUUAAAAGGUGAUGAAAAGGAACGACUGGGGAGAGAUAGAUGAUAUUAGUGCGGACGCACUUCGUUUCGCGUUGACCUGCGACAAGACGGUCGCAAUCUGGAAACUCCAUUAGACUAUAGAAUCAAUAUCAAUCAUAACUUUAAGAACA